ACUGGAUUUUCGCUGAGUGAUCACGCUUCUUUCUUCGAUUUAGUGGAAACAAAAUAUACCCACAAUUUCUAUAAUCAGUCUUUAAACAGUAAUCCGACAUUUAUCAAGAUGUCUUGUACUAUCGAUCUUCAACGACAAGAGGAUGAAGUGGCUGUAAUUUCUAGUAUUUAUGACGAAACAGAAUUCUUUCACGUGAAAAUCAAACAGGGUACAAGAUGCUCAGUCACCAUACAUCCAAUGUUCCUUAGAAAACUAGAAGUAAAGUUUAGUAGUGGUUGUCCUUCCGAUGUGGUUCCCAACGAUAGUAUCUCUGUAGAACAUCUACCGCCAAUCAAAAUGUAUAUUUAUCUCCCUAACACAUAUCCAUCUAAAACAUCUCCAGAAUUUUGCCUUUCUAUUAUUUGGUUGUCACCUUGGGAAAUAUCUUUAAUUUGUCAGAAAUUAGAUGAAAUAUGGGAAGAAAACCAGGGCAACGAGAUCAUCUUCCUGUGGCUAAAUUUCCUACAAAACGAUCUUUUCAAUUUUCUAAAUAUAUCGGAAUCCUUAGAUGUUUCCUUCUUACAUUUAAUUCACACGUCAAGAGAUAAUGUCACACUACGCCUAGUCCAGUUAUCCGAUCCCAGGGCUCAGAAUGGUGCAUUGUUAUUAGAUAUCAAAAGGUUAUUAAUAUCUUAUAACGAGAAGCAACAUAAAGCACAAUUCGUCAAAAACUUUUAUACUUGCUACAUAUGCUUCGAGGAAUAUGCAGGACUAAAUUGUAUAGAAUUGGAAAACUGUGGGCAUAUCUAUUGCAAAAAUUGCACGGAGAAGCACGUACGUACAAGAAUUGUCGAGUAUAUUAAUAAGAUAUUGUGUCCGACGAUAGACUGCAAGCGGCAAAUAAGCGAUAACGACGUUAAGACUCUCUGUCCGGACUUGUUUUUCCAAUACGAAGAAAUCAUGUUACGAGUAACGUUAGACACCAUGGACGAUGUAGUGUAUUGUCCACAAAUUUCUUGUCAAUAUCCGGUUAUCAGAAACCUGGACGAUAUCGCACCGAUCUGUCCUAUCUGCAAAUACUGUUUUUGCAUCUAUUGCCGUAAGAUGUACCAUGGACAAGCACCCUGUGAAAUGACAUCGACCGAUACUAUAAAGCUCAUUGACGAGUACAGAAAUAGUAGUAAUAAGAAGAAACAGAUGUUAGAGAAGAAAUAUGGCAAACGUCAAAUGCAAUCAAUAGAAAAAUAUCUUACGGCUGAAUAUCUACAAGAUAAUGCGAAAAGUUGCCCGAAAUGCCAUUCUUUCAUUAGCAAAACCGAGGGUUGCAAUAAAAUGACGUGUAGACAUUGUCAAUCUUUAUUUUGCUGGCUAUGCAACGAACAGAUAUAUGGAUAUGAGCAUUUCAACAGCAUCGACAGUCAGUGUUACGGACUUUUAUUUGAAGGCAUAGAUACGGACGUCUUGAAUUAUGUUAUUGAUGAUGUAAUGGAUGAUAUAAAUCCAUUCUUUGGAGAUUUUCACAUUUAAAUGUAUAUAUUAUAACAGAAUAACUAACACACAA